GCGUCGAAAAAAAAUAAAAAAACUAUUCCAAUGCAAGAGCAAAAUCCCCAAACCACCCUUCCAGUUGAAAAUGCUUCUCCGUUUCUUCUGUUUCGGUUUCUUUUCUUUGCUUUAGGCGUUCGCUUCUGCGAAUGGUAUAUUCUUUAUUCUCUUGGGUUCGAUUCUCUGUGUCUCAGAAAUAAAUCCCCACACUCUUUUUUUUUUUUUUUUUUAAUUCUAUUAUUCUCUUCGGUUUUCUGUCAACUAUUUCUCUCCAAAUCUUGUCUUAUUGUUUUUUUUUUUUUUUCGUUCCCUCGAAAAUACUCUCAUCAGUGUGUUUCUUGCGUAACGCGUAUUUGAAGAUGGCGAUGAUGAUCAUGAUGACGGUUCCAGUUUCAUUAAUUAAUUUAUUUAUUUAACUAUGCUUCAACUCCAAUAUGGACAAGAUAUAGAUUGAACGUUUUGAAAAGGUAUAGUGGUAAGGAAAAAAAAACACAGACAUUGUAAUUCUGGUCUCGAAAUUGUUCGGUUGCCAGCGUUUGUUGUUGAUAAUAAAAGAAUCAAGCUUGUUGUCUAAAAGAUUAUGGAGGUGCUAGUCUCACCUCAAGGACAAAAGCAACAGUUGCAGACCUGGGGUCGCAAAAUUGUCUCAGUUGGGUCCCACAAAGAUCUAUGGCUUGCCGUGCGAGAGGGCUCCUUGGCCGAUGUGGAUUCAGCAUUGGCCCUCUUGAAGAAGAAUGGGGGUAACAUCAAUGCGAGAAACGCAUUUGGUCUUACCGCACUCCAUAUUGCUACUUGGAGAAACCAUGUCCCUAUUGUUAGGAGGCUUCUUACGGCUGGUGCCGACCCCGAUGCCAGGGAUGGGGAAUCAGGAUGGGGUAGCCUUCACAGGGCACUGCAUUUCGGUCAUCUUGCCGUGGCAAGCAUCCUUCUCCAAUCUGGUGCUUCUAUUACGUUGGAGGACUCUAAAUCUCGAACACCGGUUGAUCUCCUAUCCGGGCCCUUAUCAAAGGUUGUUGGGAGCGGACGUAACUCGGUAGUGACAGAGGUCUACAGUUGGGGAAGUGGUGCCAACUACCAACUUGGAACUGGAAAUGCACAUAUACAGAAGUUGCCUUGCAAGGUUGACUCGCUUCAUGGCUCACUGAUCAAGUUGGUUUCUGCUGCCAAGUUCCAUAGUGUUGCUGUAACUGCUAAAGGAGAAGUCUUCACUUGGGGUUUUGGAAGAGGGGGGCGACUUGGGCAUCCCGAUUUUGACAUACACAGUGGUCAAGCUGCAGUCAUUACGCCCCGCCAGGUGGUUUCUGGUUUAGGAUCCCGCCAGGUAAGGGCUGUCGCAGCAGCUAAACAUCACACUGUCGUUGCUACCGAGGGUGGUGAAGUGUUCACCUGGGGAUCCAACAGAGAGGGUCAGCUUGGCUAUACAUCUGUGGAUACGCAACCCACACCUCGUAGAGUGAGUUCCCUUCGAUCAAGAAUUGUUUCUGUUGCUGCAGCAAAUAAGCACACUGCUGUUGUUUCUGAGACUGGCGAAGUGUUCACAUGGGGUUGUAAUAAAGAAGGUCAACUCGGCUACGGUACAUCUAAUUCAGCAUCAAACUACACACCAAGAUUGGUUGAAUCCUUGAAAGGCAAGGUUUUCACUGGCGUUGCUGCUGCCAAAUGUCACACUCUUGUGUUAGGAGGUGAUGGAGAGGUUUACACUUGGGGUCAUCGACUUGUUACCCCGAAACGCGUCGUCAUUGCUAGAAACUUGAAGAAGAAUGGUGGGACUACUCUGAAGUUUCAUCGCAUGAAACGCCUUCAUGUGGUUGCUGUAGCAGCAGGGAUGGUACACAGUUCAGCUCUAACGGAAGAUGGUGCAUUGUUUUAUUGGGUCUCCUCAGAUCCUGAUCUUAGAUGUCAACAGCUAUAUUCUUUAUGUGGACAAAAUAUUGUAAACAUUUCUGCCGGGAAAUACUGGACUGCUGCAGUUACAGCAACAGGUGAUGUUUACAUGUGGGAUGGGAAAAAGGGCAAGGAUAGGCCACCUGUUACGACCCGCUUGAAUGGCGUAAAGCGGGCUAGUUCAGUUUCCGUUGGUGAAACACACUUGUUAGUUAUUGGUUCUCUUUAUCAUCCUGUUUAUCCUCUUACUGUGGCCAAGAAUCUGCAGAAGCAGAAAUCAAAUGUCAGCGAUGAGCUAGAAGAGCUUAAUGAAUAUCUCAUGCUUAAUGACGUGGAUUCCUGUAACCAACUGCCUGCUGCAGAUGAGGAUUCUGGGAAAAAGCUUGUGCCGAGCUUAAAAAGUCUUUGUGAGAAAAUGGCUGCAGAAAAUUUAGUGGAACCACGAAAUGCUACACAACUGCUUGAAAUUGCCAACUCUCUUGGAGGAGAUGAUCUGAGGAAGUAUUGUGAGGACAUUGUUAUUCGUAACCUUGACUAUAUUUUCACUGUGUCAUCACAUACUAUUGCAAGUGCUGCGCUGGAAAUUCUAGCUGGCCUCGAAAACGCAAUGGAUUUGAGAUCAUCUGAACCUUGGAGUUAUCGCCGUCUCCCAACUCCAACUGCUACUUUCCCUGCUAUUAUAAAUAGCGAAGAGGAAGAUAGUGAAAAUGAGGUACAGAGAACUCGUGACCACCAUAACAACAACUUCAUGUUGAAGAAUGAAAUAAACCCGAGAUUGGACUCCUUUUUGCGGCCUCAAGAUGAUCCGAAUCAAGAUAUUUGCAAACAAAUCCGAGUGUUACGGAAAAAGUUGCAGCAGAUUGAAAUGCUUGAAGCAAAGCAAUAUCAGGGGCAUCUGCUCGAUGACCAGCAAAUUGCAAAGCUUCAAACAAGGUCAGUGCUCGAGAGCUCACUUGCUGAGCUAGGUGUUCCAGUCGUGACACAGCAGGUGACUGCAUCUUCUUUGGGUUGUACAGAUGGAAAAGGAAAUAAAAAGGCCCAGGUAUCGAGAAAACAGAGGAGAAAGAGCAAACAAAGGGCAGAACAAAUAGAGAUAGCGACUGGUAUUUCUGGAACUGAACUUGGAUCAGAACCUGCCUCAGAGGAUUUCUUGGAUAUUGAAGUCCCUCAGGUCCCAAAACAUAAGGAGGAAGAUAUGAAUGCUGUGUUUGAAAUGACUCUAACAAAAAAAGCCAUAAAGGAGUUGGCUUUCAGCGUUCAGGAGUCAUCCAAUUUGCCAAAGAAUAAGAGUCCGUCGCCCACAGUUUUCAAGAAGAAGAAUAGGAAGGGAGGGCUUUCGAUGUUCUUGAGCGGCGCUCUGGAUGAAACGCCCAAACAUGUUGCCCCCCCUCCACCAACACCCAAAAGUGAAGGUCCUGCUUGGGGUGGGGCCAGAAUUUCAAAAGGACCUGCAUCUCUACGGGAGAUCCAGAAUGAGCAAAGCAAAACCAGGAAGAGCCAGCCAACGAGCAGCGGGGAUAAGGAGGAAGAUCUCGGCGAUGGAAAAAGCGACAGCAAAAUUCUGUUGAGUUCAUUUUUGCCUUCCAAGCCGAUACCAAUGGCCUCAACUCAAACGUCGCAGACACAUGAUGGAGAGAGAAGCACACCUCCUUGGCAGUCAUCGGGAACUCCCCCGCUUCUUUCUCGACCAUCUCUUAGAGACAUCCAAAUGCAGCAGGGAAAACAACAUCAAAGCCUUUCCCACAGUCCAAAAACAAGUGUAUCUGGAUUCUCGGUUACUUCUGGACAGGGCUCCCUGUCGGAUUCUUCCGGAAUGAGUCGCUGGUUCAAACCGGAGGUUGACGCUCCAUCGUCGAUACGUUCUAUUCAGAUAGAGGAGAAAGCUAUGAAGGACCUCAAGCGCUUCUACAGCAGUGUCAAGAUUGUUAAAAAUCAGUCUUGAAAUAACAUGCCAAUGUGGCUUUGUUAGGUAGUAGUUGCGGCUCUUUCUUUUCUUUUCUUUUCUUUUCUUUCAUUUAUUUAUUUAUUUUUCUAUCUAUGUGAUAAGACCACUACUGUAAAUUUUAACUGUACAGAGAAUCUCAGUGUACAUUCAGCUCCAAAUUUGUAGUGGCAGUUGAAUUUCAUCAUCACCCUUCUUCGGGUGUUUUAUUACUACUUUUACGUUCCACAUCCCAAGCUUGUCUUGGAAAUAAAAAGGAGUGACUUGUUGAUUAUAA